AUGACCGUUGGUAUGGAAUGGACAGAAGUUCGAACGGAUUGUGAAGGUGUAGGAGCGACGGCCGUAGGCAUCUUCAAGUGCAAUGAGAUUCCGAUUGCAUUUGGUGGAUCGUUGAGUUGGUUGGAGUUUAGUGUCAUCGAAUAUGAAACAAUUUCGCUCAUUCUUGCACCCAUUUUAGCUAUCUUACAAGGAUUGACAACAAUUGGUCUAAUAAUUCCAGCAUUUUAUAGUUGGAUUGAUUCAACAAUCUCAGCUGAUGCAUCAUGGGAAUCGAUUGAUUACCUCAAUCUUACACCUCAUCAUUUCAUGGUUUUGGAACAGACGAAAUUCUGGAUUGCAAGUAUCGGGCAGUGGUUCGUGCAGAACAUGGCGCAUGCAACGAUAUUUGCUCUUACAGGAAAAAUUGUGAUGUUGGGCGCUUUGGUGCGAUAUUUCACUGAAAUUAAACAGCGACAAAAGACUGAUUACAAUGAUCUAUCAUUGACAUUAUUUAAUUAA